AUGUCUGACCAGGAUUCAAGGCAGAUUCAAGAGCAAGGUCAGGCAGAUCAGCCAAGUGUGAGGAUGACGACGCAGGUUCGGGCACAGGGUAGUGGUGCAGAGGGGCAAGGCGCUCAGCCAGGGGGCCAGUCUGGGGGACUGGGGCCAGCUGGGCAACAGAUGCACCUUCAGGCUCCUGAACAAGCUGCAGCUGCAUCUCAAGCAGACCCAAUCGGUCAAGCUGCAGUGAAAUGUCCACCUGUGCUAGCAGCCAGCCGUGAGCAAUCUACCCCUGUAUUCGAAGCUGCAGCUGUGAUGGAAAGGAGGGAGGGUGGCUUUGGGGGGGCAACUAUCCGGAUCAAGGAUGCUGGUCUUGCAGCUGCAGCCAUAGUUGGAGGGGUGACGGUAGGUGCGUCUUAUGUUGCCAGCCAAGCCACCCAGUCACCAGCGGCCAUUGUGGGUACAGGGAUAGCAGCAGGGGCCAUGAGCCUGGCAGCUUUUUGGCUUGCAAACAGACAGAAGACAGACAAAGCCAUCUGCAAGGCAGUGGAGAAAGACGGCCACAUAAUUGUGGAAAAGAUUGAGAAAGGAUCUCUCCUCAUUCAUGUGAAGUUUCUCUCUCAGGCUGGCUACUGGGUCCUCCGCAGCUUCAAUGAGAAAAUCCACCAGGGGACUGGAAGCACCUGUCUGCAGCUGCUAUUGGAGGACGAGUUUCAGAAGAUUGGCUGGACUGGACUGAUCCAAGUGGGGCUGGAGGGAUGGUUGUUUCAAGAUGAGCAGGGACAGGAAGAAGAACAGGAAAGGGAAACAGGAACAGAGCAGGAAGGGGAAAGAUCCGAGUGGGCAGGGAUGGUGGAGAAACAGACAGUGCCACCCAGUGUGACUACAGGAGGAGACUCAGGCCUGCCUGAAGACAUGUCCUCUAUAGCAGCCAUGUCCAUCACUUCAGCUCAUGAGGAGGUGGAAGAGGGAUCACUCAAGUGGCAGACAGCCAGGCUACAGGAACACAAGGACUCACCAACAGCACAACGUCACAUCAAGGCCCACAUGUCCUGGGAAGAAGGAGCAGAAAUCCUGACCAGAAGUGGGUACACAGACCUGGGGGGAGUCAAGGCCUUAGUUCAUGGAUUCAUGCAGCCGGAAAAAAAAAUACCAAGUGAUAUAAAUACCAUACUGUAUGGGCAGUCAUGUCUGAACUUGAACAAAGCCAAACUGAUGCAGCUAAUGACAUCCCAGCUACAAGCUGACCCCACUGACAGCACCUGUCUGCUGUUGACAGCCCUGCAGCUACCAAAUGGAGACAGCCGGGUGCACACCCUGCAGCAGGUGGUUGAUGCCAUCCUACAGCAUGGACCAGGAGACUGGCUAUACCAACACCUGCACCACAUCUACUGCUACCUGGGAUGGGCCAUAUGGGAGGCAAGUCCUGACUUCAAUCCAACAGUGAUGCCAACUGUGAAACCCUCUGCUCUUGCCAAAGCCCUGUCAGCCAUGGCUAGUUCUCUUAUGCACAAACAGGACCAUGUGGAGACUGUGUAUAGCACAGCCUUACUGUCUAAGAAAGUUUCUGAGACAUCAGCAAUCAGACAAUUCGAGCACCUCCUGAGGCUGACACCAGAUAAUGAAUACUUUGCAUCUCCUGCUCACUACCACUUGGCCAUUCUGUACAACCAGCAGCAGGACAGACAGAAGGUGAUUCACCACUUCUCUAGGGGACAGGAGACUGAGACCAUCAGGCUACCUGUGUUUGGAGAAGUCUCCAUAUACAUCAAAGACCCAGCCAAAAAGGCAUAUGAACAAGUCAACGGAGAGUGACAAAUAACCAAGAAUUAAAGAUAUUCACAUGUACCUGUACAUGUAAUAUUGUUGUACUAUGGUACCACCCACUGAGUUGGACCCAUUGGAAAAUCAGUUAAACGGAUAGAGUAUAUCAAGGAGACAAGGACUAAAGAUUUUUUUAAAUGUUUAACCACCCCCGUAUGAAUGUAUAUGUAAAGGCACAGGAGAUUUACAAUUGAUAGGUCAUAGGAAAGUAAUUUCAAAGUAUCUGGACAUAAGGAAAAUCA